CAAGAAACUCAAGCUGAAAAAACUUGCAAAAAUAUGGUGUCCAAGAAUGUAAUUUCCAUUGUCACAUUGCUUGUCUACUUGGUUGCAUCUCGUGCAAUUUUCCAGCAAGCAAGUGCAGCGGGAGAGUGUGGAAGAACUCCGAUUAAUGCCGCCGCAACCAGCUUAAGCCCUUGCUUAGGUGCUGCUCGUAAUGCUAGAGCUAGGGUAACCCCAAUUUGCUGUGGAAAAGUUAAUGCAUUGAUCAGAACUGCACCAAGAUGCCUCUGUGCUGUUCUGCUUUCACCUUUGGCAAGAAAAGCUGGCAUUAACCCUGCUGUUGCCAUCACUAUUCCCAAAAGAUGCAAUAUCAGAAACAGGCCUGCUGGGAAGAAAUGUGGACCUUAUACGGUGCCAUAAAUCAAGAGCCAACGCACAAGAAGCUGAACAAUCUUAUACGGUGACUUCAGAUGGAUGAUGUUUAAUAAAAGUGGUGCUUGUUGCGGAAAAAAAAUUUUAUUGCUAAAAAAAAGUGGUGCUUUGUUUUGAAAAAAUAAAAGGGUUGCUUCUCUAGUGGGUCAUAUGUUACUGCAAUGAUCCAAGUCAAUGGCAACCUUCUUGUGUUGAAUUUCUAUGUAACUCUCUUUCAGUUAUAAUGAUAAUUUAAUGGUUUCUCUUGUCCAUUGCUAUA